UACCCAUGUGACCAUAACUAUAAUGGUUAAAAAACACGGUUUCCGGUUCCGCAGACUCAGUCUAUCAAGCUAGUGGCAGCCAUGAGCAUGCUCAGGCUCCAGAAGCGAUUGGCGUCCAGCGUCCUGCGCUGUGGCAAGAAGAAAGUAUGGCUGGAUCCCAAUGAGACCAAUGAGAUUGCAAAUGCAAACUCUCGUCAGCAGAUCAGGAAACUGGUAAAGGAUGGCUUAAUUAUCAGGAAACCUGUGACAGUUCAUUCCCGCGCUCGCUGCCGCAAGAACACAAUGGCUCGGCGCAAGGGUCGUCACAUGGGUUAUGGUAAGAGAAAGGGUACGGCCAAUGCUCGUAUGCCAGAAAAGUUGAUAUGGAUGAGGCGCAUGAGAAUCCUUCGUCGUCUUCUUCGUCGCUACAGGGAGUCAAAGAAAAUUGACAGGCACAUGUACCACAGUCUGUACCUGAAGGCUAAGGGUAACGUCUUCAAGAACAAACGCAUUCUGAUGGAGCACAUUCACAAGCUGAAGGCAGACAAGGCUCGCAAGAAGCUUCUGGCUGACCAGGCCGAGGCUAGGCGCUCAAAGACAAAGGAGGCUCGCAAACGCAGAGAGGAACGUCUCCUGGCUAAGAAAGAAGAAAUCAUCAAGAAUUUGUCAAAGGAGGAAGAAACUGCCAAGAAAUGAAUCUCAGUUGAUUAAUUUACUUUUCAAAUUCAACUUUUUGUUCUACAAUAAAUUCAAAUCAAAAGACA